UGGUCAAAGGCCAGCUCAGCACGGGCUGAGUGUGGAACUCUCCACACUGGGAUGGUGAGUGGUGGUUUGGGAGGUGAGGAUGCUGGGGCUGAGAUCAAACACGACCUCGCCCCCAGCACUCUCUGACAGCAGGAAUCCUCCUGGGAAUGAUCCCAGAGGAUUCCAGGCACCCCCUCCCUUUGCUGCCUUGCAGAGGUCUCCAAGAGGGAGGAGGUGGAGGCCGUGACCAUCAUCGAGACCCCCCCGAUGGUGGUGGUGGGGGUCGUGGGCUACAUCGAGACGCCCAAGGGCCUGAGGAAUUUCAAGACUGUUUUUGCUGAGCACAUCAGCGAUGAGUGCCGGCGGCGCUUCUACAAGAACUGGCACAAGAGCAAGAAGAAGGCGUUCACCAAGUACUGCAAAAAAUGGCAGGACGAGGCUGGCAAAAGGCAGCUGGAGAAGGAUUUUGCAGCCAUGAAGAAGUACUGCAAGGUCAUCCGUGUCAUUAUGCACACACAGAUGAGGCUGCUCCCGCUGAGGCAGAAGAAGGCCCACAUCAUGGAGAUCCAGCUGAACGGGGGGACAGUGCCUGAGAAGGUCGACUGGGUCCGGGAGAGGCUGGAGAAGCAGAUCUCUGUGCACAGCGUCUUCAGCCAGAACGAGAUGAUCGAUGUCAUCGGCGUCACCAAGGGCCACGGCAUGAAAGGGGUGACCAGCCGCUGGCACACCAAGAAGCUGCCCAGGAAGACACACAAGGGCCUGCGGAAGGUGGCCUGCAUCGGGGCCUGGCACCCGGCCCGCGUGGGCUACUCCAUCGCCCGCGCUGGCCAGAAGGGCUACCACCACCGCACCGAGAUCAACAAGAAGAUUUACCGCAUUGGCCACGGGAUCCACGUGGAGGACGGCAAAGUGGUGAGGAACAACGCCUCGACGCACUACGAUAUCACCGAGAAGACCAUCACGCCUCUGGGUGGUUUCCCUCACUACGGGGAGGUCAACAACGACUUCCUCAUGCUGAAGGGCUGCGUGGUGGGCACCAGGAAGCGCGUGCUCACCCUGCGCAAGUCCCUCCUGGUGCACACGAGCCGCCGGGCCCACGAAGCCAUCGAGCUCAAAUUCAUUGACACCACUUCCAAAUUCGGCCACGGCCGCUUCCAGACAGCUCAGGAGAAGAGAGCUUUCAUGGUGAGUUCCUCGGGCUGCCUCAGGAGGCCACAGCAACUGACUGGCUCCAACCAAGCUUCUUCCAGGUGUCCAUGGGCAGGGAGGUGGAACUGGAUGAGUUUUGUGUCCCUUCUGACCCAAACCAUCCCAGGAUUCUCUGAUUCCAUGAUUCUGUGGUGUGUUUCUUGAUACAACAACAGCCAAGGGAAUGCUGGUGACUCUCUUGCCUAAAGGCAGCCAUGAAUUCAGUGCACAGAGCAGAAAUGAUGCUAAGGAAGAACAGGAUGGUUGUGUGAGUGAUCCAAGGCAACUCAACCAGCAAAUAAAAGACCAUAUGGGCAACCAGUUCCCAUUCACCAUGGGAAGUUUUAAACAAGCAGUUAACUUGGCAGGCACUGUCCUGGCCAUAUGGUGCCUUUCACUUGGGAUUGUGCACUGCUUUGAUUUGUUUGGAAUGAUUCAUAGCUUUAAUGUUCUCAGAGGAUAAAAAGUUUGGGUCAAAUUCAGAUGCAAAUUUGUGUUGCUUUUGUCAGAAGCUUUCAAGAAGGCCAAGCAGUGUAUUUUUCUUAAAUCCAGGGCAAAUAUAAUAUAAUUAAAUAAUCCAAACACAGCAGUUUCCUGAAUAGUUUUUCAGCCUUCACCAGGCUGGUGUGAGUCUGAGUCUGAAGCGGAGGAAGCACUGAGUAAACCAGGAGAGGGAGAAGGAGAAGGGAAAAAAACAACUCCCUGUGUCCUACGCAGACACAAACUGGGUCUGGAUCUGGCCUGUCAGCCAGAAAUGCCAUGUGAAGCUGGCUAAGCCUCCUUAGAGCUGGCAGGGGGAUUGGUUAGGCACUGCCUUUGCAGAGCUCUUUAGAGGUUAAGCCGAUUUCCUUCAGCUCAGUGUCAGCAGCCUGUUGUGUCACUGCCAGCCCUGAGCUGCUGUGACGAGGAGCUCGGUGACAGGAGGAGGAUUGACCUGGCUGCAGCUCUUUUCUUUGCCAUUUUGCCCCAUGGAUUCUGUGGCAAAACAUCACAUUUGUCUGGAAGUUGAGGGACAUAAGGAAUUCCUGCCACCUGCUCCCAUAGGAUUGAUUUGCUGUGGGAUAAGUCCAUUUUUAAUCUGCUGGCCCGAGCUGCCUUUCUGGCUGCCACAGCCCAGACACAACCAUGCAGGCCAGGUCUGUGUGUCCCUAAAUCCCAACUCUCCUCUCUGCUCUCUUCCAGGGCCCCCAGAAGAAGCAUUUGGUGAAGGAGAAGCCAGGAGUGCAGGAAGAGCUCUAAGGACAGAGGUCCAAGGCUGCCUGGCUGGGCACUUGCAAUAAAGGGGCUCCAAGCCAAGCCUGCUCCUCUCUCCUCCUGGAGGGGUCUCCUGCCUGUUCUCAGGCUCCUCAGCAGGUGGGGAUGGGGAAAGUGGCAUUUGGGACUGGCCCACGUGGACAGGGACUCACUGGGACAGCCAAGGGCCUGCUGUGCCCUCUGGAUCCCCCCUUUCCUUUCCUCUGAGAAUUUUUCCCUCUCACCCAAAUCACCACGGAGCCUCCCCUCCCUCUCACCCAGCAGAGAGCAGAGCACGUUCCAGCACUUCUGCCCCAGUUUCCACUGGGAAUACUGGGCAUUCCCAGGACCUGGCCCUGCCCAG